AUGGAAGUCCCCUCUCCCAGCAGUCCCAGGGCCCCAGGAAGGAAGAAGGACGAUCAGUGCAGAUGCCACAGUGCAGAUGGGCUCUGUGAAGACUGGAGGGUGUUGCUGAGCCCCUGGGCCCGGAAGGACUCAGAAAGAUACUUGCCUCCUGUGCUCCAGAGGGCUCAUGGGAGUGGCACUUGUGACCGUGUGAGGCAAGUGCUGGUGACAUCCCUGGGGGUCCCAGAUGCCCACUGGUCCAGGCUGGAUGGAGCAGGCGUCAGUGGAGUCAAGGGCACCCCAGCGCCUGAGGUUUUCCUUGGCUCAGGGGCAGCUCUGAGCUGCCAGUGA